AUGAAUGGAAUAGACUACUUCAAGCUGUGGUGGCUGCUGCCACCCGUGACCCCCACCAUCCAGCCAACGGCCAGCGCAGAGGCGAUAGAACUAAUCUUGCACGUCUUCAGGGCCUGGCAGAUGGAAUGCUGCCACCGCCAGCAUCACAAUGGGCAGCGGCCAGCACCAGCCGCGCCGUCAUGGCGUCGCCGCGACGACGUUUGUGACACGGGCGCCCAGGGGGGUAUAAAGGCGGAGCGCGGCAGCGGGUCCCGCAUCCUGGAGGAGCAUCUGUCCGAGAGCAGACGCGUCUGCAGGAGGAGCUCCAGCAUGGCUGGCGCGAACGAGGAGCGAGCCGCCGGCACGAGGCGGAACAGGAGGAGCGAGGCCGGCCCCGCAGCGGGGCGCGCCUCCAGACCCAUGGACACGAACAGCAAAGUGCGAGUCGCCGUCUGGGACGCGGUGGCCGCCUACGUCCGGGAGCAGCUCGUGGCACACAAGGGGGUCUGGAUUCCCACCUUCGGCUCCUUUGACACCGUCUCCAAAGACGUCUGGACCGAGGACGGGACCGUGACUCUGCGGUGGCCCGUGUUCCACCUGGCCGCCAACCUCAUGGCCACGCACCACCUCAAGGCCCGCAGGGAGCCCCUGCCAGUGCACAGGAAGUUGGAGCCGCUGAGAUACAGCAGAGCGGCCGCAGGCGCCGCCGUGAGCUGGGAGAGCGUGAAGACCGGCAUCCAGAGCACCGUGUCCAUGCUCUCCGGCUGCCUGCGGGACGGGCAGAACGUGGCCGUCGUGCUGAAGGACAUCGGCGUGCUGCUCAUAGACGGGCUGACGUUCCACAUGAGAUUCUACUACAGCUUCCUGGAGCAGCUGUCUGGGAAAGAGGAGCUCAGCAGAGCUGCUCUCAAGGCCCCCUGGCUGCUGAACGCGGUGGUGUCCCCGGCGGCACCGGUGGCCUCCCUGGCGCUCUCCGGCUGCCUCGUCGUCUUUCCCAUGUGUCACAUGGAGUUGGUGCCCAAAGCACCGCCCACAACGCGCCGCAAGGCCUCAGCGAGCCUCUCUGGUCGGGAGAAAACAAAGCAAGACGACGCUUUGCCACCUCUCCCACCUCGCGACCAGGGCAAGACAGUGAGAUUUGCUGCCCGGCCGACCUUCAUCAAGCGGCUGAGCUCGGACAGCAUGGAUGGAGAACGGCUCCGGCGGAUCAGGAGCUUGCUGCUGAAGAAGAGCUCCAAGGCCAGUCUGCUGCCACCGAUCCGGCCGCUGCCCGAAGCCCAGGAGCAGCCGGUGAGCUGCCAGCCGCAGGGGGAGGCAGAAACGUGGAGCCAGGAAGAGCUGCGCCGAGCACCGGGAGGCAAACACGUGAGAUUCCCCGAGGAACUGGAAGCAGGAAAAGCCCAUCGUGCGGGUGCGGCGCGAAUCCUGCCGGUGGCCAAGCACUCGCCCUCUCAGAUCACCUUGAGGACAGCAGCGUUCCAAGGAGGUUCCCGAAGAUCUGCCUCCAGGGCUGCGUUCACAGAGCCGCACGGCAGAGCAUCCAGGCUCCCGCUGACGUGUGACUCGGUGUGGCUCCUCAGGCAGAGGGUGAUGAAGAAGAGGGCGGCGCAGGAAGCGCUGGAGCGGGCGGCAGCAUCAGCGCCUCGUGCGGAGCCCAGGCUGCCCGAGGAGCCUCCCGUCCGCCGCUCUGGAUCGCUGCCGCCCAUACGGGAAGAAACGGAGGCUCCCGAGAGUCAGGCUGCGCAGAGCGAGGCCCCCCCCCACAGGAGGUGCCCCACGCUGGCCAUGCUGAUGCAGGCAUGGUGCGCCCAGUGCAGAGGCCGCAGAACAGAGGCGUGA